AGGGGACAGGGCCACACGGGACCAGGCUGGCAGUUACGACAAGGAGAGGCAGAGGGUGCACUGACAUCAUUAGGAGAAGGGCACAGGAAAGUGAUGGCUAUAGGUGGGAGGAGACAGCCUCCAGUGCCCAGAAUAAAAUGAUGCUCUGAAGCUACAGAAAGUCAGAGACAUCUCUUGCCGAACCGUCCGACUCAGAAUCAGUAACACCACAGAGAUGGACAGGAAGUUAUGCGUCAGUGUGCUGCUAGCAAUGCUUGCCAUAGCCACCCUCUGCAGACCAAUGACAGACCUGGAAUCGGCAAGGCACAGUCCCCAGCGGAAGAGCUCCUUCCCUUCUGAAGUCAGCAGGCGGGACCUCCUGGCAUCAAUGACACAUGAACAGAAGCAACUGAUAUCACAGCUUCUUCCUCAGCUGCUUGCAGAAAUGUCCAAUGCUGAAGGUCACCUUCACCCCGUGCAUGAUCGAGAUUACGCUGGCUGGAUGGAUUUUGGCCGCAGGAGUGCAGAAGAAUAGGUCCCAAAUUCCUAAACUGUGUUUACCUUUUACUGCUGUGAAUGCCCCAGUGGUGGAACAAUGAUUAUAUUAAAUUAUUAAUCUGAGAAAUAAA